AGACCCACAAGAACCACAACAGCUCUUUGUCUCUGCAGUUUUGUGCAGAAGGAAAGUGCAAACAAAUUUCUGGAAUCCCAACAAGAGAGUACCAAAAAAGAGAACUCGGCACCGCGACGCGGAACGUGUCAAUUCGGCGGAACGAGUAGUCGUCAAUCGAUUUCAAUCUUCAUCAUCUGAUCAUCUAUAUCCCUGAUAGAUCCAAGGCGGUUUUCGGAGAUUGUCGUUGUGUUUUAUUUUAGUUUUUAUAAUUAUAUAUUUUUUCUCUAAAUAAUUAUUGAUGUUGGAUUUUCGGGAAGGAAGGGUGAGGGGCUAAGGUUUUGGUGGGUUAGGAUUAGGGUUUUUGGGGGUGGAUUUGGAGAUGAAUGAAAAUUCUGAGCCUGAAGAAGGAGAAGCUUGCUAUUACAGGGAUGAUGACGAUGACACUAUUAACCCCGAUACCGCUCUCUCUUACCUUGAUGAGAAGAUCAAAAACGUUUUGGGCCAUUUUCAAAAAGAUUUUGAAGGUGGUGUUUCAGCAGAAAACUUGGGGGAAAAAUUUGGUGGGUAUGGCUCUUUUUUACCUACCUAUGAAUGCUUUCCAUCAAGUUUAUCACAUCCAAAGACACCACAGAGGAACUCCAGCACACCAAGGUCUACAAAGAAUUUAUCCAUGGAGGGUGCAUUCCAGAAUUUGAAAGCUCCUCCAAGUGCACCCCUAGCUGCGAGACAUGGGAAUGCUUCUUGCCCAAGUGGCAUUAUUGCAGCCAAACAUGAUUCUCUUUUGUCCUUUAAUCAUGUUGCUGAGAAGCCCGCCUUAAAGGAUGCGAGUUUUAAAAGAGCAGAUAUCCUGACUGACCGAAGGACACUAAAGGUCCGAAUUAAGGUGGGAUCUGAUACCAAAAUUCAAAUGAACUCUGCAAUCUAUAGUGGUCUUGGGCUUGAUGAUUCUCCAACUUCUUCAUGGGGUAACAGUCCUGACGAAAGUGGAGGAACAAUGACGGCUUCUCCAGGAAAUACAAAUGAAUCACCUACUAAAAUUCUACAGGUUAUGACUUCCUACCAUGUCCCUGGUGGUGUACUCAUAUCUCCUCUUAAUGAUAGUCUGCUAUGCUUAUUAAGAAACGAGAAGGGACGGUCUUGUAGAGAUAGUACAACUAUCCCCUUGCUUAAGGCAUGUCGAGAAAAUUCUUCUGGGUUAAUAGAUGAGUCCAUUUUGGGUAAUGGAAAAGAACUCAGUGAGAAGAAAACAGAAUUUUUAAUUGGAAAAAGCAAGAAGGUGCUGGAAUCAAAGCAUGGGAAUCGUGUGAAGGUUGGAAAUGAUAAGAAGUUGCUCACAAGAAAGAUGUCAGAAAGCAAGAUUACAGGAGGGGAGGAGUUGUUAGCCGAUGACUUGAAACACACAGCUCUAUCUAAUUCAGUGGAUGUUUCCGACUCUGUGGAGGCCACACCUAGGGUAUGUAAUCUUUCUGCGGAGGCUAAUCAGGAUGGAUCAAGAGGUGGAUUAUUUUCCUCUGACUCAUCAAAGAAGGAUUCUUUGGAGUCAAUGUCUGGUGGGAGCAGAUCUAGUGGCAGAAAGAAAAAAAGGGUUAGUCAGCACAGUUUGGUUGAAAAGGUUUGGGAACAGAGUGUAGUAAGUUCUGAUAAGAACACUUCACUUGACCUUGGGGAUUAUGGUGGCAGUAAAUGCUACCAAGAUACUGCCCAUUUAAAGUGUAAGGAAGAUUCAAAAACAAAGGUUGGCCAGGAAGCUACAUUUCAUGUUCAGAAUGAAAUAAAUAUUCCCUCCGAAUUGGAAAACACAUUGUUUGUGGGCAAGAAGAAGUCAAAAGGUAGCAAAAAUACUGGACCAAUUGCUGAUUCAAUGAAGGAAAGUUUGAGACUUGUUGCGGGUACAACACCUAAAGAUACUACCAGUUCUAGUCAGAGUUUUUCUUCAGGUAAAAGUAAGAUGCAUAAGUUGAAGUUGCAGAAGGAUAGGGCCCGAGGUAAUCAUACAGAUGCGUUGGACGCCAAUUUCAAAGAAAAACGUGAGAAAAUGGAUUCGUCAAUGAGUCUUGUUCACAAUAGGCCAAAAGGUUCUGGUUCAAUGGAUUUUGAGAGGGAGAAGAAUGGCUCUUUGGACAAGUCAAAAGAAAUAUUUAAUGAUAGAACAGUUGACAACCAGCUGUUGGGAGUGGAUGCUCCAGGUGUGGUUCACCUCACUGAUAAGACAGUUGCCUCGCAGAUGACAGCAUCGGCAGCAGCUGCUCCUGUAGUCAUAGAAGAAAACUGGGUUCAGUGUGAUCGUUGUCACAAGUGGCGACUUUUGCCUUUUGAUAGUAGACCUGAACAACUCCCUGAGAAGUGGUUGUGUAGCAUGCUUAACUGGCUGCCUGGAAUGAACCGGUGUGAUAUUAGUGAGGAUGACACGACAAAAGCUCUCAAUGCAUUGUACCAGAUUCCAAUUGCUGAGAAUCAAAACAACCCACAGAAUCAUGCAAGUGGAACCAUGUCAGCCCAUCUUCAACAUCUUGAUCAGAAAAACUCUAGUUUCAUUUCUCAUGUAUCAUCAAUUCAAGGCAAGAAGAAACAUGACCCGAAGGAAGUGCGCAAAGCAGGUAACAGUGGCCUGAGUCUGAUGUCAAACUCUAAAAAGAACCAGAAGCAGGAAUCUAUGAAAAUUAGGAGCUUAAAGAACAUGACCCAGGUUCCUGCUGAAUCAAAUCUUGCAAAGAAACCCAUCUGUCAGCAAAAUGAAAAGAAUCCAGUUGCAGGAGGGACCAAGCAAGCAAAGAUGAAAAACAAGAGAUACUCUGAUCUGUAUGUGAAUGAGGGUUCAAAGAAACCCAAAACAGAAGUUGUAUGCACCACUGAUAAACAUCAGAGCUGUAAUGUGGAUAACAGAAUGGUGGGCCUUAAUACAAGCACUGGCUUACCAACUCAAGUAAAUGGAAAAAGUCUGCAGAACUAUAACAAGUGCUCUGAUUCUGGGGAUGUAAAGCAUGAUUUGAAAGAAAGAUCAGUAGUUUCUGUUAAGAAAGUUGUGGGUCAAAUUGAGGCCUCAUCAUCAGAUGGUAUGCCAUUAGAUAUGAAAAGAAGUGAUAAAAUGGUUUUUGUGAAGAAAAGGAAAUGGGAGGACCGAGAGGACAGUCAAAACGGCCACAAGUUAUAUAUGAAGGAAGAAAGUAGUGAGAGUGGAUUUAGGAAUGAAAAGAAACCACGAGUUUCAAAGAUUGAGGAGAAACAUUCCCUUAGAAAUGAUGGUGAUGGCACAUCAAACAAGAAAAGCAUGGAUCAUUUGGUUGGCAGCACUGAAGAAGUCAGAAGCAUUAAUAGGAACCAGCAACUUAGAAAACACAAGAAAAAGUCCUCUUCUCACAAACUUUUGGAUGGCCUUGAUUAUUUGAGAAGGGAUUCUGACACUGGACAAAUUUUGAAGGAAGCAAUGUCUAGCUCUUCCAAAGGUUUCUGGUUCUCAUAAAACAAGAGUAAACUUCAAAGA